AUGAGGGUCCAACUAUUUUACGUGUUUGCUACAACUUUAGUAAUUGUUUGGACAAGUACCUUUGCUGAUGCCGCCAGGAGAGGCCAGCCAAUGUACAAAUUUGAAAUUUUCGGCUCCACUUCUACUAGAUUUCCUAGGUUUAUACGUGAGAAUGGUAUAAACAGAAACUUGACAGAGUUUACCCUGUGUAUGUGGCUGAAGGUGUCGAGCUUGGUAUCCAGUACCGAAUACCCCUUCUCCUAUGCUACUCAGCGAUUCCACAACGAACUGCUGACAUUUUUAGAGAGCACAGAUGACGGCCAUCCCUCAGUCGGAAUGUUCAUUAACGACGUUUCCCACAAGUUUGCCAUCGUGUGCCCGACGUUUUCGUUGGGUGACUGGCACCGCGUAUGCUACGCGUGGCGUUCUGUGGACGGUUUUGCCAUGAUCGUCGUUGACCCGGACAAAGACCCGUGCGAGGUAACUAUGACAGACUUUGCGAAAGGUAAGAUGAUACAACUUGGUGGCACCAUUUCCCUGGGACAAGAACAAACGUUUCCUGGUGGAGGAUUUACACUUGACCAAUCUUUUGAUGGCGAGUACACCGAAGUCCAGAUGUUUUCUGAGAUCCUCGACACCGAACAGAUUUUCAGGAUCAGUACGUGCCUGAGUUGUGAGGUUGACCGAUCCUAUAACUAUGAAGAACAAGAAAUCCGAGGAGAUAUUAUAGAUUGGAUGAAUCAUGGGUUUGUCGGUUACGAUGGUGGCGUUAUUUCUGGCACAAAUGUUUGCCGUUAA